AAUCCCUGUUUCGGCGCCACAUGGGCUUUCUCUCUCCCCAACCACUCUCUCUCUCUCUUCUUUCUCUCUCUCCCCCGCUAUAUUUAAUGGUCUCCUCCUUCGAAGCUCAACCUACACUGUACACGCGUCUCCCAGAAACCCCAUAUUCUACCAAUCUUUUCCCAGAUACGACGCACCAAAUCGCCGAAUUCCUUUGUUUUCUUUCAUGGGUCUCUCUGUUUUUUAGCUUUUCUUUAAUGGGUGUCUUUGACUAAUCAGCUGGAACCCACCUCACUGACCAUGGAGUCGCUGCGCAAGUCCUUUAAAUCCUACGGCUCCAACAAGCUCGCGCGAGGCCUCUCUUCUUCUCCUUCUUCCUCCUUCUCUCGCGGACCCGCUGAUUCCCACGAAGACCGCGUGCCCAUCCUCGGCGAACGAACGGCCGCCUCCGACCUCGAGCUCGGCCUCGGCGGUUCGAAGGGUGACGAGAGUGACUGUUCGAGAAUGCUGAGGGAACCCAGCAUUGAGUUCUGGAAGGGGAACGAGGCGGAGGGUCCCGGCCGCCGCUCGCCGCAGCAGCAGGGGUCGGAGGACCCGCCGUCGCGGCUGAUCGGGCGGUUCCUCCACGAGCAGCGGGCCUCCGGCGACGUGCUGCUGGACAUGGACCUGGAGAUGGAGGAGCUGCGCCGCGGCGGCGGCAACCGGGGAGACUUGCCUCCGGUCGCCGACUCGCCGCAGCCCCCAAGGCAGAGCCAGGACGGCCCGAGAGUGUCCUUCCAGCAGCACGUCUCGACAGGGGCUGGGCCAGGUACGCCGCAGAGGCGGCACAGGGGCUCGCCGAGCCACGGCAACAGGGAAGACGAGGUUGUGAAAUGCACGUCGAGCGCGUCUUUCGAGCGGAAAUCAAGCCUGCUCCGCGCGAAAACCACCCGGUCAAGGCUGAUGGACCCGCCGGAGGUGCCCGACCGCAGAUCGGGCGGCCGGGUUCCACGGUCGGGCCAACUGCGGUCCGGAAUGUUGGGGAGGGCAGGGGAUGAGGAGGAGGACGACCUGUUCUUGGAAGAAGACCUGCCGGAGGAGUUCAAGAAGGCCCAGUUCGGUGUCCUGACUCUGUUACAGUGGGUGAGUUUGGUCUUGAUCAUUGGUGCGCUAGUUUGUACUCUUGCAAUUCCUUUAUUGAAGCGUAGAGAUUUGUGGAAGCUCAAACUGUGGAAGUGGGAUGCCAUGGUCUUGGUCUUGAUUUGUGGGAGGUUGGUCUCUGGAUGGAUGAUUCGAUUAGUCGUGUUCUUCAUCGAGCAGAACUUUCUGCUGCGAAAACGGGUUUUGUAUUUCGUCUACGGCCUUCGAAAGGCGGUACAGAACUGCCUGUGGUUGGGGCUGGUCUUGAUUGCUUGGCAUGCUCUGUUCGACAAGAAGGUCGAGAGGGAGACGAACAGCCACAACUUGAAGUAUGUCACCAAGGUGCUGGUCUGCUUCUUGGUGGGGACUCUGCUGUGGUUGGUCAAGACGCUGAUCAUCAAGGUGCUGGCGUCGUCGUUCCACGUGAGCACCUAUUUCGACCGGAUCCAAGAGUCCCUGUUCAAUCAGUACGUGAUCGAGACAUUGUCGGGUCUGCCGGUAAUUGAAAUUCAGAGGACGGAGGAAGAGGAGCAGAGCAUUGUGGCCGAGCUUCAGACUUUACAGAAAGCGGGCGCGAAAGUGCCCCCGGAUCUAAGGGCAGCGGCGCUUCCAACAAAAAGUGGGACGGCAGUCGGGAGCGGAGGGCUUCAGACUAGUCCCCAGGUGAAGAACAUCAAGCUCUCUCGAGGACUGUCGGGAAAGAGCGAGGGAGGGAUCACAAUAGAUCACUUGCACAAGCUGAAUCCCAAGAACGUGUCCGCCUGGAAUAUGAAAAGAUUGAUUAAUACCGUGCGGCACGGAUUUCACUCGACUUUGGAUGAACGGAUACAGGAUUCAACUCAUGAGGAUGAGUCGGCAACAAUGAUCAGGAGUGAAAACGAAGCCAAAGCUGCGGCUAGGAAGAUCUUUCGCAAUGUGGCGAAGCAUAAUUCAAAGUUUAUCUACUUGGAAGAUCUGAUGCGGUUCAUGAGGGACGAUGAAGCCUUGAAGACGAUGAGUCUCUUUGAAGGAGCCGAUGAAUCCAAGAAAAUCAGCAAGUCGUGCCUGAAGAACUGGCUGGUCAAUGCUUUCAGAGAGAGGAGAGCCCUCGCCUUGACCCUAAACGACACGAAAACUGCGGUCAACAAGCUGCAUCGGGUGGUCAAUGUCAUAGUCGGAAUCGUCAUAUUGAUCAUCUGGCUUCUCAUCCUGGGGAUAGCAACAACCAAGUUCCUGCUCUUUCUCAGUUCGCAGCUCGUCCUCGUUGCAUUUGUUUUCGGGAACACCUGCAAGACUGUAUUCGAGGCGAUCAUCUUCUUGUUCGUGAUGCACCCCUAUGAUGUGGGCGAUAGGUGUGAGAUCGAUGGAGUCCAGAUGGUUGUGGAAGAGAUGAACAUCUUGACGACCGUGUUUCUGAGGUAUGACAAUCAAAAGAUCAUAUACCCAAACAGCACUCUUUCUACGAAGGCCAUCGGCAACUAUUACCGGAGCCCUGACAUGGGAGACGCGGUCGAAUUCUGUGUGCACAUAUCUACUCCUGCAGAGAAGAUUGCUGCCAUGAAGCACAAGAUAACCAGUUACAUCGACGGCAAGAAAGAGCACUGGUAUUCCACGCCUAUGAUCAUCAUGAAGGAUAUCGAAGAGCUGAACAAGGUGAGGAUCGCCGUGUGGCUGUGCCACAAGAUGAACCACCAGAACAUGGGGGAGAAGUUCGCGAGGCGAGCCCUCUUGAUCGAGGAGAUGGUCAAGAUGUUCCGAGAGCUCGACAUCCAAUACCGCUUGCUACCGCUCGACAUCAAUGUCCGGGCAAUGCCUGCUCAGAGCUCUGCGCGGGUUCCUCCUGGAUGGGCAAAUGGUGCCUGAGUCUCUCAAACCCUUCGGACAAAGAGCUGCAUUCACCCACAGAAGAUUGGCAGCUCGUGUUCCACGGCAGCAGUGCAAUGCGGACCGUAUAGCGGACUCUGGCAAACCACUACUCCUUCGACUCUGAGGUUUUCCUAGCUCAUUGGACAUAUUAAUUCCAGUACAGCGAAAAUUUGGUUUCUCCGGUUUUUUCCCGGCACCCUUAGGCUCUCUUCCGGGGAUUUCGGAACUCUUUUCUUAUCUUAAUCUGAGGCAAACUUGUCAUUAG